AUGGACGCAAUUGUGAAUUACGUCAAAUUCGGGCUUCUCAAUGCCGAUGGUACCCCAAAAAAGUUGUACACUGCGUACACUUUGGAUGAAUUGACGUCCAUGUCUUUGCUUGAGAGGGUCAAGAUCGCCGACUGGCGUAUGGAGAUCUUCACCGUGGCAUUUACUUUACUAUUCAUCAUUGUGUACAAAGGUGGUGACUUGUACAACCAUAGCAAAGUGACAAAGUUUCUCGCCGGUGUAAAGGAUGUGUUUGAUGAUAACUUUUACCAAUUUGGCGUCGGUGAUGGAAAGUUGUAUAUCAAGGACAGUGCUGAAGCAUACUCCUCCUACGCCACAGGGCGUGAGAAUAUCGCUAAAGUGAACAUCACGUUUAGAUUGGCUCCAAGACAAAACAUAUUUUUGUGGUUCAUGGAGAGUGGAUUUAGCUUUUUUACUGACUCUGUUCCAGCACCGAAGGACAGAGCUGAAAUUGUCAUCUUUCCCUCUGCAGACUACGAAAAUUUCAUCAGCGCUAUUGUCUCUAAGUUGGGUAUGAGUGAUUACAGAAAGUUCAACUAUUUCUUGGCUUUGACGAAGACACUCGACUCCGAAAAACUUCCAGAAUCUUUUGUAUUCAUGAGUGAAGUCAAUGACUUCCACGAAAAGACUUUUACUGAAAAACUUGCCUCAUCAAUUAAGCUAGGCAUGGCCUCCUACGUAAGAUACCUCGCUUUCACCGACCAACCAAACGAGAGACCUGAGCACGUUCGCAACUUGCUUCCACGUCGUAGAGUUGUUUUGUCCUUGAACUUACCAACUGGUAAAGAGGAGUUGAAGGAGGUUUCCGACCUUCUUGGUGCUGUCUUCGAUGUCAUUGACCAGAUGGCUGAGAAGAAGAUCACUUUUAGACCCGAGGCCAUCAAAAAGAUUGUGAAAAACAGAGAACAGGAGAUUCAAAAGAUUGAAAAAGCUCAGGAGGAACUCAAGAAAGAGGAAGAAGCCGAAGAGAAGGCUAAGUUGAAAAGACAACAAAGAGAAAGCUUCAGGAAUAUGUCCAAGGAUGAGCAAAUGAAAGCCGAGAAGAGAGCACAGGAAAGAAGACAGAGAAAGGCCAUGAAGAAGAUGAAGGUUAGAAGUUGA